AAUCCUCCAGUGAUCUCAAGAUGAACCUUUUGCUGGUGCUGGUGAUGCUGACAGCAUGUGCUGCAGAUCCACAAGAUAUGUCAGGAAAAAUGUUCAACUUCCCAAUGCAAAGCAACAGAGCUUACGUGAAGCUGAUUACAACACAGCGGGAGUUCAGGGCUUUAACCGUCUGCCACAGGUCCUUUACAGACCUGAAAAGAGAUCACAGCUUGUUCUCCAUGUCCACGCCUACUCAUGUCAAUGAUUUCCUGAUUUUCUGGGAUAAUGCAAAUAAGGAGAUGGAGGCUCAUGUCAGGGAAAAAAAGGCAGAAUAUGGAGGGCGGGACUAUAAGCUAAACAUGUGGCACUCUAUUUGUACAACAUGGGACUCUGCAUCUGGAAUUGUACAGCUUUGGUUUAAUGGACAGCCUUCAAUCAGAAAAUUCCUUAGCUCGGGAUCAACCAUCAGUGGAACUCCUAUAAUUAUUUUGGGUCAGGAGCAGGAUUCCCAUGGUGGAGGAUUUGAUGCUAACCAGUCUUUGGUUGGUAUGAUGAUGGAUGUCCACAUGUGGAACUAUGUCCUUUCAUCUUGUGAGAUCCAGAAAUAUGUUGACGAGCUAAACUUCAGUCCAGGGAAUGUGAUCAACUGGAGCGCACUGGAGUACCAGAUUUUUGACAAAGUGCUGGUCGAGGACAAAGUCACAACAUGUCACUGAAAUUUAACCAGACUGCUUAUACUUGUUUUAAAAGAGUAUGAUCCAUACACUUGCAUUUAUGUAAAAUGGAAAUUGAAAAGAAUGUGUUGACCCAGAUGUAUAAUGCUUGUUAUAGAAAGCUUUCUUCAUAUGACUUCUAUCCUUGGCUGUGCUACUGAUUUAAAGUUGUAAUGAGACAAAUAUUGCAGAUGAUAUUGUUUCUAUAUUUAAUGUCAGUUUACAAUUUAUUAUCUGUUGUAAUUUUGUAGUUUUACAAACACCUUAAACAUCAAAAUAAUCAGAAAACGAAUCAAAUGUGAAAGUUACUUUUGUUUUUAAUCUAUGUCUCAUAUCCCUCUCUACAUCUACCAAGAUACUUAUUUACCCUGCAUAAAGCCCACCCCUCACAAAAGGGUUUUUAAAUGUUACUUGAUUUUAAAAAGGUGGAAAACCACAGACACAACAGACUUUCUAAAUGAUAUUCAAUGGUUUUUAACCCUGAGAAAGCACAGGCCAGACAAUCAGUGUUAGAGCCAUAGAAAAUAUAAGGCUUAUGUUUGCAUUUUUUGUGCUUAACAUAUUUUGCUUUAAUUUAUAAUAAUUAAUCAAUAAUGUUUAUUCAGUUAGAUAAGUUUUAUUAUGCUCUUAUUUUGUCGUGCUAUCACAAACUGGUACUGCCGUAAAGCACAGCUUGUUGUAGUAAACUGCAGUAAAUGAGCCAUGUGGGCACCUGUCGGCAUCUCUGCAUCUAAUUAAGUUUCGCAGCAGGACGGGAGCAACAAUUUUCUGACCGUAGCUCUCAUUUAGGCAUUGAAAAACUUAUUUUUUCCUUCAAUUAGUUUUAGGUGACAGACCUUAUACCAAGAAUUUUGCUUGACGACUUUUAUUUUUGUUCAAUGUGGAUUACAGAGUGACAAUAAAUCGCUGCACUUUCUUUUA